AUGCGUCUGACGGUCGCCGCGCGAGCGCUCGGUCGAUGCGCCGCGGACGUCGCGUCGACGGACGCGCGCGCGGGAUCUCGAGCGCGUCGAGAGGGUGGACGACGACGAUGGAUGUCCCGGCGGCUCGAGCGCGGCGCGCGAGGGGUCGGUGAUGGCGACGCAGGCGAGACGCGUCGAGCGCCGACGCGAACGACGCGUGCGGACGCGGUGGCGCUCGCGGUGGGGGCGCUGCGGAGAGGUGGGGUGAUCGCGGUGCCGACGGAUACGAUUUAUGGAUUCGCCGCGCGCGCGGAGGACGGCGCGGCGGUGCGGCGUUUGUACGAAAUCAAGGGUAGGAAGGCGACGGUGGCGGUGGCGAUCGCGGUGGGGGACGUGGGAGAUAUAGGGCGAUACGGUGAGUGCUCGCACCUGCGUGAGGGAUUGUUGGGGAGGAUUUUACCGGGUCCGGUGACGGUUUUGCUCAGACGUCGCGCGAGCGAGGAGGGAGGGGCGUCGAGCGAGCUCAAUCCAGGGGUCGAUCUGAUCGGGAUCAGGGUCCCGGCGAGCGAUUUUGUGCGAGAGGUGUGUCGAGCGCACGGAUCCGCGAUCGCGCUCACGAGCGCGAAUAGAUCGGGAGAGACGAGCACGACGUCGGUGGAGGAGUUCGCAGAGCUUUGGGACGCGUGCGCCGAGGUCUUCGACGGAGGCGUCAUCGAGACUAAACGCCUAGGGAGCACGAUAGUGGACUUGAGCUCGACGGACGGUAGAUACGGCGUCGUGCGUGAGGGCGAAAAGUGCGCCGAACUCCUAGAAGUACUCGAGCGCGAGUUUUCGCUAAUGCGUCGCUGA